GGAGCCGGACCUCCAAGGUUUGAGCUGAGUGCUGCGACCCCCGCAGGAAGAAGAUGAAUGGGUCGCGGGGCUGGUGUACCCUCGUGGACGUGCAGCCGGAGGGGCAGACCGCGGGCAGCGUGGACAUUCUCAGACUGACUCUCCAGAGUGAACUGACAGGAGAUGAACUUGAACACAUAGCCCAGAAGGCAGGCAGGAAGACCUAUGCCAUGGUAUCUGGCCACGCAUCCAGUCAUUCCCUGGCCUCAGAACUGGUGGAGUCCAAUGAUGGACAUGAGGAGAUCAUUAAGGUGUAUUUGAAGGGGAGGUCUGGAGACAAGAUGAUCCAUGAGAAAAAUAUUAACCAGCUGAAGAGUGAGGUUCAGUACAUCCAGGAGGCCAGGAACUGUUUGCAGAAACUCCGGGAAGAUAUAAGUAGCAAGCUUGACAGAGAUCCAGGAGAGUCUCACCAUCGACAAGAGAUACAGGUGGUACUAGAGAAGCCAAAUGGUUUUAGCCAAAGUCCCAUGACCCUGUACAGCAACCCACCUGAGGUGGACACGUGUAUAAAUGAAGAUGUCGAGAGCUUGAGGAAGAUGGUGCGGGACUUGCUCGCCAAGCUGCAGGAGGCCGAGCAGCAGCACCAGUCAGAUCGUGUGGCUUUUGAGGUCACACUCAGCCGGUACCAGAGAGAAGCAGAGCAGAGUCAUGUGGCCCUUCGGAGAGCAGAGGACAGAGCGGAGCAGAAAGAAGUGGAAGUCGGAGAGCUGCAGAGGCGCCUGCUCGGGAUGGAGACGGAGCAUCAGACCUUACUGGAGAAGGUCAGGGAAAGGGAGGUGGCCCUGGAGGAACUUCGGAGCAAGAAUGCCGACUGCCAAGCAGAACAAGAAAAAGCUGCUAACCUGGAAAAAGAAGUGGCCGGGUUGCGGGAGAAAAUCCACCACUUGGAUGACAUGCUCAAGAGCCAGCAGCGGAAAGUCCGGCAAAUGAUAGAGCAGCUCCAGAAUUCAAAAACUGUGAUCCAGUCAAAGGACACCACCAUCCAGGAGCUCAAGGAGAAAAUGGCCUACCUGGAAGCAGAGAAUUUAGAAAUGCACGACCGGAUGGAACACUUGAUAGAGAAACAAGUCAGUCAUGCCAACUUCAGCACCCAGACCUGGGUCAAGACAGAGAAUCUGGGCAGCGUGAGGAUAGCCAAGCCCCCCAGCCCAAAGCCCAUGCCUCUCAUCCGAGUGGUGGAAACCUGAGCCGAGGAGGAGGAUGCCGCUACUGCUGCUGCCUCUCGCCUGUGGAGACACUCGCCAUCACUGUAGGCCGCUAGCACUGACUUUCACUUCCUUACCAUUCCCUGGCUGCCCUCAGGACUUGGGGUUUGUGUGCCCCGCGUUUCCAAACUCCUGUCCUCGGUAUGCUGAGUGGAUGAAGGACGAGCGCCUCCUCUGGACACCGCAGCCCUUGGAGGACAGCAUCCUGCUGGCAGGAACCAGGGCGGUAUCCUUAUCCCUGUAGUUACUGUUUUUCUCUUAGCAGAGCCUCCCUUCUGUUGUAGACUGGAGCUCAGCAGCCCCAGGCCCUUCUCCAGUUGAGAGAAGUGAAGAGAUGUCAAGAUUUGCCUCGGCCCUAGAAGAUGGAGACACAGAUGUCCAGUGAUUGGAGAGUGUCCUGGGGGAACAAAGUUCCUUCCAAAAACAGAGCUCAGUUCUUAGCAACAAACUAUUUUUCUACUGGCUCCACCCUCAGCUCAUGCUGACCCGGGUCUCCUCCAGCUUCAACCGGCCAGCCUGUCUUUCUGGGGAGAAGGGAAUAUACACUCAGGGAGUAGCUUUGAGCAGAAAGAUUGUGUAGGGCCACAGACUGUUAUGUGUGACUUCUCUGCUUUGAAGACUCCCAGGAUCUCUUAGGGAUCCCCCUAAGAUGCAGUACAAGGUACACCUCAGUCAUCUCGACUGACUCGGAGCCUAAAAACUAUUUUCACUGGGUUACAUCAAUCUCAGCGAAACUCUCGUUCUAUUUAUUUUGCUAAGUUAUUGGUGUUUUUGCUUAUAUCUCACAACUGAUUCAGUACCCGAGUUCUUCAGCCUUCUCUUGCGAUGCUUAGAUUUGCUUGACACUGGGAAAGUGUUCCCACUGGAUUUCAUUUCAGAACGACAUUGUCAUAAAUCUUUCUUUUUCUUUUACCUGCCUUGUACCCCUUCCUCCUCCACAUCUGAUCUGUACCUCAGGAAGGCAAGUAUAUUUGCCUGAGACAUCAGGUCCGGGUGUGUAUUCGGGGAAAGAGGGUGAUCAGGACUCGGGGAGGAAUGGAAUUCUUCCCCUAACCCCUCUGCACCCCUCUGCUUCAUUGUGGGUUUGUUGUCUGGUUCUGAAUGACCCUACCACUCUAGUGUUUUCUUUAGGGCUCUUCCUUAGCCUCAAGAGGAAGAAAAGCAUCAGAAUGUGCUACUAUAGGACACAGAAGAAUGAAAAAUAAACAUAGAUUAAGUCUUUAGGUUCUGUUUGGUUCAGACUAGAAGAUUUUAAGUCUGGGUGUUUCUCUGUCACGUUCUGGCUUUGUCGAUAAUGGUGUUCUGGUUUCUUCAUGCAGUUUCCACAUUUGUAAAACCAGGGGUUUAGACUGGUUGAUUUCCAUGGGCCUUUCCAGUUCUUAUAUUUUUUCCUGUGCUAUGUCCU